AUGACCGAAAGGAAGUUCUCUCGAAGCCUAGCGAAACCGGGCAGCGCGGCGCAGGCUCGGGAAACUGUACGGGAGGCCGUCCGUGAAAGGACGUGUGCGAUUCGUCCCCAUCUUAGUGAGCCUUUGGACUAUGAGAGUUUCGUCACGGAAAACCGGACAAUUCUGCAGAAUGAUCCUCACCGGGAAAUGCUACUUUUCCCGCCGGACGACAUCGCGCGAUCCAUCAUUCCACGCACCAUCAGAACAACAAUGCCGACCGUUCCCCAGAUUAUCAACUCCCUCCAAGAGGGGAAAACCGCCGAGAAGUUACCCCUAUUCGUGCGGCAAUGCCUCCAAACUUAUUCGUCGGAUUGGAUCAGAGUCAUUUUCAAAUACAGCAAAUAUGGAGCGACGUACAAAGAGCUCGUCGAAAGACCGGCAGAUCUGCAGGAGCACAUUUACGAGGUCGACGCCGAAACUGAUAUCCGAGAUGCGAAUUCGCGCUCGGAGGAAAGCUGUGUUGUCAGAGAAGGCUGGAUCUUGAAAGGACCAGAGCUCGGGAGUGAUUCACUUUUGGCUUUAGCGACCAAAUCGUUCAAGAAACGCUUCAUGGUACUCAAGCGAGGAGUUGACGGAGUACACAUUCUAGAAUUCUAUAAAGAUGAGAGGAAAACGGAUUGCAAGGGAACGCUCUCCAUGGAAGAUUGUACAGGGGUUAGAGAUAAUGUUCGUAAACCAAAUAAAUACUGCUUCGAGUUGGAAGGGAAGGAGAGUAAACUCUGCGUCCUAGCUGCGGACUCAGCUCUAGACCAAGACGGUUGGAUAGGUUUGAUGAGAGCAAUCAUCAAGUCUUCCAGACACUUGAAUGAGGCCAAGAAAAGUAACGGUACGGUGACGUCGCCCGAAGAGACGCUGCCUGUCUCUUUGAACGGCACACCGAACGGUAACUCUCUGAAGUCCCUUGAACACUCGAAAAAUCCUGAUCUUGUGAAGUAUGCCCGCGAGACAGAAUACACAAUUGCUCAUGCCCGGAAACAGAAUCGACAGAAUAUUUUUGCGAUUUAUCCCGAUCUCGCCCUAACGGAAAGUGCUCACCAAAUAAGCGAAUACGACAAAGUCGCCAAACCAUUCGAGGAACAGAAAGACAUUCGCCUAUUUAUUCGAUGCGAAGGGAUCCAUUUCGACCUCCAAGCGCCCAUGGAGGAUUCUGGGCAUCUCUGUCAGGUUGAGCCGUACAUCACGACCAUGGCGAUCUACGAUAUUCGGCGGAUGCGGAAAGUAUCCGAAGAUUUCCGUUUCGACGUGAACAAUCCGUACAUCAGGAACAUGCUGCCGAUAAGCAGAAAGAACAGUACUUCGUCGUCGAAUAACAACGCCGAGGACGACCCUACGGUAUCGACCUUCAAGGAGCUGGGGGAAGAAUGGCUCGCGUUCCCGAAGCAAGCGAUCUUCAGCGUUCAACACAAGGAGCCUGAACUCUUCCUCGUACUACGAAUCGAGAAAGUCCUCCAGGGCAGUAUCAACCACGCCACUGAGAGUUAUCUCCGCGGAACGGCCGACACCGAAGGCAAACAAGGCAGCAAAUUGCAGAAACAAGUUCGACAAUGCUGUCAACAUCUAGGUCACUAUCGGAUGCCAUUCGCGUGGUCUUGUAGACCGAUCUGCAAGAAAUUCAACGGCGAGGUGGAUUUCGAGGCCGAGUUUAGACCCAUCUACCGACAAGAAUCGUCGAAGUUGUCGGAUGAGGAUCUGCUGAAGAUGCUCACCGACUUGAAAAAACCCGAGAAAGUCAAACACAUGACCGUCAUUCCGGGCCGGGUGAGGAGUUCGAUCAGGAUCGUGAAGUCCGACGAGCAAAUCGUCAACUCGUUGACCCCGGCUCUCAUCCCGGUCAAGCCCUUCCCAAUACCGCCGAGGGAAGAACCCACUCUCGAGGUGCAGCAGUUCCCCACGGAUGCGCCCUCGGACGCCCAUCCAUUCUGCACGUAUCUGAACCACUUGUAUGUGUAUCCGAAAUGUCUGAAGUACGAUGGGCAGAAGUAUUUCCCAAAAGCGAGGAAUUUAUCUUGCUGUGUCGAGCUACGGGAUAGCGACGCGGAUAACGCGGAGCCGCUCCGUUGCAUCUUCGGCCGUCCUGGGGAAUCACUGUUCACCUCGAGAUCGUAUUCUGCGGUCACUCACCACAAUCAGAAUCCCGAUUUCUACGAAGAAGUCAAAAUUGCCUUACCGUUGCUCAUCCAUGACAAGCAUCAUCUUCUCUUUACGUUUUACCAUGUCAGCUGUGAUACGUCGAAGGCGGGACGACGAGCGAAAGGUGAAAACCCUGCCGUGGAAACCAUUGUCGGCUACGCUUGGCUGCCUUUGCUCGUCAAGGAUCGGAUGAACGUCUCGUCCGCUGAGCACAAUCUGAUGGUCUCAGCCAAUCUGCCGGGAGGGUACCUAUCCUGCAAGCCUUUGGGUUUAGGAAAGGGACUGGCAGGACCGGAAAUCAAACCGGUCGACAAUGGGAAGGAGAUUUUCAAAUUGCAGCUCAGAAUGGUCAGCACUGUCCAAGCAAAGGACCAAUUCCUGCACAGCUUCUUCGUCCAAUGCAACAAAGUCUUAGAAAAAGAGAGGGGAAUCUCUCUAGAUGUCAAUGAAGAACAGGCUUACGCGGAUUCCAACCUUGGGAGAGAAAUAACUAAAUUGAUCAAGGCUCUACAUGCUGUUGAAGGACACACACUGGUAUGCUUUUUACCGACCAUCAUCAACCAGCUCUUCCGGAUGCUGGUGUCAAUCAAAAAUGAGGAUGUGGCCCUCAAUAUCGUGAGAGUUCUCAUCCACGUGGUGACUGUGGUUUCCGAAGCUAGCCCUGUUGAAGUGCUGCAUUCCUACGUGCAGUACGCGUUCACAAUUGAUUCCGAGACGACAAGGACGACGGUACAAACGCUUCACCAAGAAUUAUGUCUCGCCUUGUGCAAACUCUUCGCCCAAGCUGACCAAGAUUUUCUGGUCAUCACUAAGUUCCUGGAGCAUUCUUGGUUCUUCCUCCAAAUCAUGGCGAAGUCCAUGGCUUUGUUCCUGCUUAGAACCGAACGCAUUAAGAUGCAACGGCAGGAGAGAUUCCCAAAGACGUUUGAAGAGCAAGUCCUCAAGUUGGUGCAAGCCAUGGCGGUACAGAUCUUCAAGAAGUUCCACGAGGGCAAAGAUAAAGGAAAAGACAAAAAAGAUUGCAAGGAGAAGGAGAAAAUCCUGGGCAUAGCACAAGCCGCGAAUCGAGCGCUCGCGCAUCUUCUCAAACGGAGUCUCUCUCUGAUGAAUCGAGGCUUCUCGUUCCGGCUUAUAUCGCUCUAUCUCGAUCGGUUCUCACCUCAGGACGACACGGAUUUGCAAAAGCUCAAAUUCGAGUUUCUCGAGAUCAUCUGUUCCCACGAGCAUUUCGUCGCUCUCAAUCUGCCAUCACUGCGCGGCUUCUUUACUAGAGGAUACUCUAAAAACUCGAAAGAUUUCGAAAGCGAGUACAACUUGACCACGGAGUUCUGUCAGGCUCAUUAUCUGGUCGGAGUCUUGCUCAUCGAGCUCCGGGCGGCGCUUUCCGAAAUAUCCACCCUGCGCAAGAUCGCUAUUCGCGUUCUCUGCAACGUGCUAGCGAAACAUGCUUUCGACGACAGAUACCAAGGAUCGUCUCAGCAAAUGCGCAUCGCUUCCCUUUAUUUGCCAGUCAUUUCAUUGCUGCUGGAAAACAUAAAUCGUCUACACACCUAUCAGAACCACGAAGCUCCGGAACCCCCUCCGACAGCAAGCUCAAUCCUCACCUCGAUCACGACCAUGGACUCAAUAUCGCUCUCAUCCUGUUCCAAUGCUUCAAGGAGGACUUCGCAGAACCUCGAAUCGUGCGCGUCGUCGACGGUAACUUUGGCGGCGAGCGAAAACGGUUCGCCGGAACAUUCGAAGCGGAACACUUUAGUACUCAGCGCGCAAGACCGGGUGAAUUUGCGAGACCCGAACUACUUGUCGAUCAUCGCAGGACAAACGUCUUCACUUCCACCGUUGUCGAAUGGACUGUCGGCGAUGUCGAGUGGUUCGCAGACGUCUCUCGAGAGCUCUGCGUCAACACAAACCACUUCAGAAUCAAAUACUCUCAGAGGGAGCAUCAGUCCCGUGCACUCGCACCAUGGAGGACAUAUUCGCAGUCCGUCCAUGCCCCUCGGUGGCCUUCUUGGGGUCAUGCGAUACGACAAGUUUGAACCUCAGGAAGUGAAAGAUCUCUUGGUGUCGUUCCUCUACGUCGUGAAACACCUACACGAAGAAGUUCUCAUCGGUUGGUGGCAAUCCAGCUCCGACGUUGAUCUCCUGGACUUCUUCCAUCUAUUCGAGCUCUGUUUGCAUCAAUUCAAAUACCAGGGCCGAAAGCAGAAUCGAAUCAUUCCAAGUGGCUCGUCAGAUGCGUCGAAGUCUAUGACGCUCCCACUCAGGACGCAGGCACCGAACUUCAAGGGAGCGGAAGGGAGCGGUUUCUAUCGCGCUCUCCUCGAGGCCAACAUGGCAACGGAGGUCGGCUUGAUAACGCUCGACGUUCUCGGGCUGUAUUGCAGCAACUGCAAAUCUUCUUUACUCUGCAACGAGGGCGACAACCCCCUCAUGAGAAUGAUAUUCGACAUUUAUGUCAGUUUCCUGCGGGUGGGACAAUCGGAAAUUCUGCUCAAACACGUUUUUGCCGCCCUUCGAGGCUUCGUCAACAAGUUCCCGCAGGUGUUGUUCGCGGGUAACGCGAUCCUGUGCGGGAAAUUGUGCUUCGAAUUGCUGAGAUGUUGCAAUUCCAAACUGUCCUCGGUCCGCAUGGAAGCGUGUGCUCUGCUCUAUCUCUUGAUGCGAUCCAACUUCGAGUACACGUCCCGUAGAGCUUUCACGAGGGUUCAUCUUCAAUUGAUAGUGUCGGUAUCCCGACUACUGGGCGACAUCACCAACUUGAACUCGGCCCGUUUCCAAGAUUCCUUAUCGAUCAUCAACAAUUAUGCUGCGGCAGAUAAGGCAAUACACUCGAUUUUCCCAAAUCAAGUGAAGGAUCUGACCAAAAAGGUUCGAACGGUUCUCAUGGCCACCACAGCCAUGAAAGAAAACGAGAAGGACCCCGAGAUGCUAUUGGACCUCCAACUGCGUCUGGCCAACAGCUAUAGCGCCACGCCAGCUCUGAGAAGGACCUGGCUUGAAGCUAUGGCCGGCCAACACGAGCGCAACGGCAACCUCACCGAGUCCGCCUAUUGUUACCUCCACAUGGCAGCCCUGGAGGCAGAAUUCCUGCGUCAUCAGGGAAUCUUCCCGCAGGGCUGCAAGGCUUUCGAGGCAAUCUCACCGAACGUUGUUCGUGACGAAAGCAAUUUGAAGGAGGAUACCGGGACUCACGACUUCCCAUACACCGAGGAGUCUCUCAUUGAACAGCUAGAGAAAUGCGCCACUUUGCUAGACUUAGCGGAGAGAUAUGAGCUGAUGUCGAAAGUGUACAUGCUGUGCAUACCGUUCUACGAACGCAAGAAAAACUACGAAUCCUUAGCAAAGUGCUAUCAAGUUCUACACAAUUCGUGCCGUAACAUCAUCGAAGUGGAAGGCUCAGGAAGACGUCUGCUUGGAACAUAUUACCGAGUCAUGUUCUUCGGCGAAAGCUAUUUCGGAGACGAGCAUCAGAAGGAGUAUGUGUACAAAGAGCCCAAAGUCACUUCUCUGCCUGAAAUCUCCGAGCGCCUCAGACAUCUCUAUGUCGACAAAUUUGGCUCGUCCGACCUCGUCAAGAUGAUAAUGGAUUCUAGCCAGGUGAAGGUAAGCGAGCUAGACCCCGCGUGUGCCUACAUUCAAGUCACGCACGUUGUCCCGUACUUCGAGGACAAGAAGAUAUCCGAAUUCGAGCGACACAACAACGUCAAUUUGUUCAUGUUCGAAACCCCAUUCACCUUAUCCGGCGGGAAACCGAGAGGUGAACUCCAUGAGCAGUGCAAACGAAGAACCAUUCUCAAAACGGAAUACUGUUUCCCGUAUGUCAAAAAACGGAUCAACGUUCGUGAGCGUAGAUCCUUCGACUUGAGUCCGAUUCAAGUCGCGAUAGACGAGAUGGAAACAAGAAUCAUCGAGCUCAAUCAGGUCAUCUCGAAGAAACCCACGGACGUAAAGAAGCUGCAACUCAAACUUCAAGGCAGCAUCAGCGUGCAAGUCAACGCCGGGCCAUUAGCAUACGCGAAAGCGUUCCUCACGCCCUCGGCAUCGGUCAACUAUCCAUCGGUUGAGGUCGAACUGCUGCGGGAGAGCUACGAGCGCUUCUUGGCCUCGUGUCAGAGUGCACUCGACCUCAACGGGAGGGCGAUCGCCCCGAAUCAGAUGGAGUACCAGCAGCAACUGAAGAAGAAUUACGCUGAUGUUGCCAGACAGCUCGUUGAAAUUCAAAGUGACAAGGUCGGUCCCUCCAUGAUCCCCACAACGGACUGCGAGACCUCAUCUAACGGAUCGUCAUCUUCGACCAAGCGACUCUCUUCCGAAGUCAUCCAUUUCAUGAGCGGCACCCCUGGUUCUAGUACCGCGUGAAUGGAACACAGAGACCCGAACGUCGAUGUCUACAGCUCAUGCUCUGAUCUGGAUGUCAGAACAUUGGGCUGAAUGACUCAGCAAGCUUUGUAGUCAAACGGUUCUCUGCCUUAGAGGUGGGAGAGACAGAGACAAGGAACGAAUGAGAUUUGUAAAAACUUUGGAGACCGAUAUAAUCAGACCGUGCUUUUGUACUUUUGUACUCGUCGAUCUGUUUCGCUCCUACGUGGAACGGUCGACGACCAAGUAAUAGUAUUUAGUGAUCGAUACUUGUAAUUGCUUGUAGUUUCGAUGAAGACGUUUUUCCGAGAACAUUGAAAGAUA